AUGCUAUCAUCUGGGGUGGAAUCUCUCCUUGACUCUUCUGCGUCUGCUGUAGUACAGGGAUUGUACACUGGACUGCCAGAGAGCAUCUCCACUGAACUUAUGGCUGUAUCAGAGCCUAAUGUUGGAUUAGAUGCAAAAUCUGAUGUAUCAACGCCUGUGCUAGCACACAGUGACAGUCUGUCAGCUGACCGUCAUAGGACUUCUGGAGUAGACGACUUUUGCCAGAAGACACAGGAUUUGGGUGAUAUGCUAAAGGUAAUUUCUCAUGGGCCAGCAGAAUCCCUUACUGAAGAAUUACUGAAGGCUGGAGACCUCGAAGAGGAUGGAAAAAAUGAAAAAAGAAACUUGAGGAAACUAGACUGUUCUAGUGAUGGAUACCAGAAAGAAGACAAAGAGGCACAAGACGCUCAGAAGUAUGCUGAAUGCUGUGCUUUAACUCCUGGGGAAAGUUGGUCAAAACAAGAGGACCCUCACUUAAACCAGCAUGACAUGAAGUCUUCGAGAAGCUGUUGCACUGAAAUAGUGGGAUCUCCAAAGAAUACAGAAGAAAACCAAGCAAAUGUUCAGGUGACAGCUGAAACUCUGCCAAAGCUUACUGAAGAAGUACAAGGUAUGAAGGCUGAUGGGACUAGGCUAUUUAGUAAAGCAGGAUACAAGAAUGACAGAGUGAGUAAAGGUCUUCCACCUGAGAGCAAUGAAUGCCCAGACAUAGACACAGUCGUGGCCAGAGCUGGGGUUUCAGAAACCAGCAUGUUAGGUUUUUUAGAGCCUUUGAAAGUCACGGAUGUUGGAUCAGCCACAGAGCAUCCGCAAGAAACAAAUGAAUAUAAUGGAUUGAAAGCCCAUACUGCCAUGCCAUUGAGAACAGAGGGUAGUGUUGUAUCUAUUUUGGAGACCAGAGAAGAAAAGUUACCCAGACAAAAUCCUGUUAAUGAAUUCAGUACAUCACUUGCUAAUUGCCAGACUUAUCAACAGGAUGAAGAAAACAAUGCUCGUGACUUCUGUACUGGUCCUGUACCUAAACAUAAUGAACCUCAUAGGUUGUCAUCAGUAGAAAGUUGUAGAACACUCUCCACAAAAAGUUCUGAAGUUUUGUGUUCGGUUCUGAAAAGCAUCUGUUAUCUGGACUUCAGAAAUAUGCCACUAGAAAACAAUAGUACUGCAGUCCAUGGACUUAUCAAUGAAACCCCCCAAAAGUAUCUUCCUGAAAACAUUGGAAGUCAGACUCAUGAUGAUCAUGGAACUGGGUUUGUAGAAAAUCAAACCUCCACAUCCGUACCAAUAGAGCAGGUCUCAGUGGUCAGGAGUGAAGGAUUAUCUAGUGCUAAAAUUGAUCAUAGGGAAGUAAGUGCUAGUAUAGGUAAAUCAUACAGCUCUGAAUUUGAGGAGGCUGCUGAAGUCCGGAGAAAAAUUGCUGUGGGAGAUAACGUUGACGUUGGUAGCUGGCCUGAAGCUCAAGAGGGUGCUAAUUCUGAGCAUUGUCAUUCUUCAGUUUUUAGUUCUGUUGCUUCUUCUCCUGAGGAGUUCUCAAAAGAAAAAUUUAAAAUGGUCCCAUCAGAAGGUGAUAAGUUGAAAGAGGACCAAUGGCAAUUCUCUGUCAGUGAUCUAUGCAAGGAUGAUAUAAAAGAAAAUAGUCUAUUGAUCGAAAUGAGCAACAUUGCUUCCCAUGAAACUGGACAGACAGACAUAUGCUUUUAUAAUACCUCCAGUAAAAUUUCUCCUCCCAGUAGCCACAGCUGUCUGGAUCUUAGUACCAAGCUGGAAAAAGAUUCACCUGAGGCACAACUGCUUGAAAAGGAAUCUGAGAGUCAUGCAACAUCAGAGGAGUUGGCUGGCAGUUUAGUUGAAGCUACAGAAGCUAACAGUUUGUCCACUGGCAAAGAAACUGAUUUGAUUUAUACACUAAAUGUACCUCUACCUCCUGUUGCACAAAAAUCAAGAGAACCUCAUCGUAAUGAGUGUCCUCCUUGUACCGCUAAUGAAGUUUCAAGCAGGGACAAGGCUCAGGAUAAUCUAUCUGGAAAAGAAUCAAUUGGUGCUUCUGGAACAACAAGGGAACAAGUUGCUGAAAUUGUGCUUCAUAAAGACAAAUUCAAGUCUUCAGUAAGUUCCAGGAUGCUUGAUAACCCUAAUAUGACAAGCAAAAUUUCCCAAAAGAGCAUGAAGUCUUCAGUGGGAAAUAUAGAGAGUGUGGUCACUGGUUUAGAAAAUGAAGAUAGUGACACAUGGAAUUGUAAUAAUCAGAGUAUAAAAGACCAGUGUACUUCCUGUAUUUUAUCAGGGAGUACACGUGUAGAUGAUGUUCUCCCGAACAGUCAUUCUUUUAAUGUUGAGGUUGAUAACAGGAUUGAAGAAAAUUAUAAUUUGGAAGGAGAAGCUUCAGCUGGAUAUAAUAGUAAAAAGGCAAUCAUAUUUCCAGAAGCACACUUCCCUUUGGCAUGUGGAUCUCUUCCUUGUGAAGAUGACUGGGACAACAGAGGUGUAGAUCUGCUCGGGAUAAAUGAUAUUUCCACAGCAAAAACCAUGUUUUGCUCAGCUUAUACUGCAGAGAAGUCUAUUGCUACCUUGGUAGGAGAUGAGAUUUCAAAUAAGAAUAUGGAGGUUGUGAAACAAUUUGAUCUUUGUAAAGUAACAGAUGGCAGUGAAAUUGUUUGUGACAGAGAUGAGGCAAAAGAACAAAUCGGCAUGUGUGCUCUCCAGACAGAUGAAUCUGAUAAAAUAAGAACUGUGGAUUCUCCAAAGGCUCCUGAAGGCAAUCGGAAAAAUAAGACUAGUGAACAGCUAUUAGUCAGAUAUUUGAACAAAAAAACCUGUGUUCAUAAUUUUGGAUUUUGCAGCUCCCCAUUAGGCUCAAAGAAGAGAGAACUAGGCAUAUAUGAGAAGAAAGAAGUGUCAUCACUCACAGCUAAUCCUUCUGAAUAUAGUGCUUCAAUCUGUGAUACAUGUCCGUUACUCAGCAACAUGAAUAUUAAAACACGACAUGCUAGCCAAACAGAAAAGACCUUUCAUCCAAUGGAAGGUCAGUGUCUUGCAUGUCAGAGUGAGCUUGAUGGCCCAGUUCCAGGCAGCAAGCAACAUUUAGAAAGUUUAACCAACCAACCAAACACUGGCUUACAGACUACGGCUACUUCUGUGCAAGAAACCAAAAUAUCCAUUGGCUCUAGUCAAAGUGAAGAAAUACUGUUAAAAACAGGUGACGACCUGCCUCUGUUAGUUCAUAAAUAUGCACAAGAAGACAGUUUUCAAGGAACUCUAAAAGAGAACGUAGUGGAUUUGGACUCUUUAAAUGGUGUGAGAAAUGAAGACUGCUCAGGAUGCGUGGGCUUCAUCAGUGAUCUAAUUGAGAAGACAAUCAAACUAAAAGAACACGAGAUCGGAGAAGAUAAAGGAACUCUUGAAGAAAGCUUUUCUGAUAGCAAAUCACAUUGCUCACACAUGCUAACUGUAGAAGACAUGGAUGUGACCUCGCCAAAAAGUACUCACUGUGGAGAAAAGUUUAAGAAUACAUGUGUAGAAGAAAAGAUGGGAAGAGAAGCAAUCCCUAGAAAAAAGUUGCCCAUAGAUUCUUUUCUUGAUGGAGAAGAUUGUCUAUGGGCCUUAUUAGAAGAUUCAAAAGAGUCUGGUAGCAAAAUAGUCCUCAGUACUGAGAAUUAUGGAAAGGUUUUGGAAGAAAUCCCAAGAUCUAAUCUAAAUAAUCUUUCAAAAGAAGGAAAAAAUGCUACAAAGUUCACAAACUUAGGAGGUACCAGUCUACUUUCAGAAACUGUGCAUGAUUAUCAAGCUGAAGAUGCUUCACCAGAAUUGCAGUAUAAUACAACACCCACAUUUUAUCCGUGUAUGAGUAAACUAUCGAACAGUUGCAAAGAAUCAUGCCCAAACUGUGUGGUUUGCAGUGAAGUAUGUGUGCCUUACAAAUUAAAUGCACAGAGCAAAGAUAAUGUAAAGGAGAUGACAGAAGGCCAGGACACUAUACCAACUCAUUCAGUUUGCAAGAAAAAUGAGGCUUUAGGUUCAGAGAGACUUGAUCAAAUGGAGAAAUGUCAGGUACUUAAACGAAAGAAGAAGUAUGAGAAGAUGGAAGUACAUCUGUCAGUCAAGGCACAGGAAGAACAGAAGUCAGAAUAUGAAGAGAAAGCAAAAAUCACACUGCAACCAAGUAUGUUGCACAGUUCUGAACUCUUACGUAGCUCUCCAAAUGAAUUGGUGACAUCAAGAAAUACAAAGUUUGAAGGUCCUUCAGAGGAGAUUUUUGCUGUCAGAAGCAGUGAAAAUAAACUGUGUAGCACUUUACAAGAAGUCAAAAGGCCAAAGAUUACCACAGAUAUUAUUAGUUCACAGUUUUUGAAGACUCAGGAUUCAGAAAUGGAAAACCUGAACCUUAAUUUAGGGUAUGAUGGAAUCCCUGGUGCCUUUGGAACUACAAAUAAACUAAGAGGACCUCUCCCAUUAAAAAGACAGCCUGGAAGGACAUGCAAAAAAGUUCCCACAUCAUAUCAUCUAAAAACCGUAAGAAAAGGCAAAAAAAAAAAAAGUUCACCUUUUUUUGAGAUUCCCCCAGAAAUAUUCCCUAGGCAGGAAAACACACUUCUCAAAUCUUCGUACUUACCAUGUAAAGCACCGACAAUGGAAACAGAAACAGCCGUGAGAUUCGUGCAUAUGCCAAGGCAGAGGGCCAAGAGGUGCAGUUUGUUGAACAGCUUGAAAUUUAGAAAAAGUACCAAAGAACCAGCAUUGUUGAGCAAGCUGUCUGCAAUGGCCAGCAAACUCCUGGCACCUGCCAAAAGCAUCCAUAACUCAGAAACUCUGCCAUAUUCUUCUGAAAUUCUUCCAGUGGCUGAGAGCUACAGCCAACGUAGAUCUAAAAAUCUAUUGGAAGUCUUUUCUUGCAUUAACAGGAACUUACACUCACGCUGGGCUGACAGUUGGUGCACCAAGAUGUUCAGCUUUCAGCCUUUGGCACUUUAUCCUGUAGAAUCUACCAAAAUACUUUUUUCAGACUUGAGCCACAAGUCUCCAAGCUCUUUCUUGGAUACCCCAGUUUUCCCAAUUUCUCUUCACAUAAAAUUGGACUCCAGUCCUGUGACAGACUUCACAGGGAUUACAUUCCAGCACUCUGUACAUCACAGACCAGUUUUGGGAGAAAUGCCAGCACCGCCUUCAAAGUGGACUUUCUCUUUUCUCCUGUCUCAGAGCUGUUCAGAUACAACAGCUCUCAAGGAAGAUUCCAGUCUAGAUAAUGAGCUGCAUUCCUCUCUCUCUGUAACAACCCCAAGGGCUGUUGCCCUUCAUCCUGACCGUGGAAGAAAUGCCAUAGCUGAAAGAAGAGGAGGUUGCUCCAUGCUUGGCCUUCACACAGUGUUAGCACUUUCUUCCCCUGGAUGUUACAGGAUUUGGACGAGAAGAAGAAACUUAACCAGUCAUAUUCCUACUGUCCAGAGACUAUUUAUAUCACAAUUCGCACAGGGUUUGAAAGGGGCAAGGUAUCCAACUUCUGUAUCAGAUGACCUCGUUUCUUCAUUGCCAUACUCAUUGGGCAGGGUACUAUCCAUAUGGAGUCAGCAUGGUCCUUCUGCCCGUCCCUCCGAAAUCACUCCUCUCCAUUCCAGUCACUGCAAGUGGCAGCCAAGUGUGGGCAUCGAGAACAGCUAUGCCACAUUACUGCAUUUACCUGUACAGAGUAUGGAAGCACUACAGACUGCAAGUCAUGAGAUAUGUCUGGAAACUUCAUUCCCUCUUCCGUUACCAAAGUCUUGCUCACUUCCAGAAUCAUCGCCAUCUCCCCCCAGGCUUUCAGUAUCGGAGCUUCAGGUCCAUGACCUUGAUGAAGCUGAUGCUUCUGUUCCAGCCUGUCUUAGAUCCCCAAAUGACACAGAACUGAAAAAAACUGAGCCAGAAAAGAGGCCAAAGAAAGUCUCACAGAUCCGAAUCAGGAAAACUGUUCCUAAGCCGGACCCUAACCUUACUCCAAUGGGACUACCCAAACCAAAAAGGCUUAAGAAGAAAGAAUUUAGUUUAGAAGAAAUUUACACAAACAAGAACUAUAAGUCUCCUCCUCCAGCCAGGAGCUUGGAAACAAUCUUUGAAGAGCCCAAGGAGAAAAAUGGACGCUUGAUCUCUGUCAGCCAGCAGAAGAGAAAGCGGAUCCUAGAGUUUCAGGACUUUACUCUUCCCCGGAAAAGGAAGACACGAGGCAAAAUCAAAGCAGUGGGUAGUUUCACCCGAGCAAAAAAAGCUGCACUACAAAGUGCAGAGUUAGAUGCUCUUCUGAGUCAGAAGCUAAUGGACCUUGAAGCCUUUUUUGCAAAGGAGGCUGAGCAGGAGCAGACCUCUAGCAUCUGAGGGAGCCAUUUAGCUGAAAAUGGUCCAAUCAGCUCCUUUAGUAUUUUAGUCCUGUUGGGAGAAAUCUACUGACUUCUUCAUACAUUACUCUACCACUCUGUUCUAAAAUCUGGUGAUCAGUUUUUGGCUGUGGCCCUCUUUAAGGUGCU